CGGGCUGCGGGCGGGGAGGGGGCCCAAGGGCUGCUUGUCCCGACGGGUUAUUUUUUCCGGUCGGUGCUGCCGGGGGGGUGAAAGGAGGUGGGCAGAGCCAAAGGCGGCCGUACCCCCUUCCUGCCCCCCCCAACUCCCCUCCCCUCCGCUGCAGCACAUGGGAAGCAAAAGUUUUCCUCCUCCUCCUCCUCCUCGCCUCUCCCCUCGCCCCCCGGUCCCCCGGAGCGGUUGGCAGGCGGAGGAUGCGGCUGCCGGUAGCCGGGCUGCUCCUCCCCGGACACCGGGGGUUGUGUUGCUUUUCUCUCCGUUGGGAAAUGAGGAAUAAAAUCUUGCUGGAGCGUUUUCGGCUUCUCUGAAGGCUGGGAAAGAGAGAAGGCGAGACUUUGAUCGCAUCUUGCGGGAGGGAUCUGCCAAUUUGCGGAGGAAACGGGCUGGUGGGUAACAAGAAUCUGAUGGUUUAGCCCCGGCGGGGAGGUAGCGCCCACCCCAUCGCUUUGCUCCGGCCCCAGCAUGGGCACGGGAAUGUGUUCCAGGAGGCAGAAGGGGCUUCUGCAAACCGGGUUUUGUCUGGUGACUGUGGCGUGUUUGGGCUCGGGAGUUUUCAUGUACAACCACUUGCAGCAGAAGGUGCGGAACGCCGAAGCCCUGGCCCAGAAAUACAAACAGCAGCAGGAGGCUCUGUCUGCCCAGCUCCAAGUUGUGUAUGAGCACAGGUCCCGGCUGGAGAGAUCCUUGCAGAAGGAGAGAGGGGAACACAAGAAGACAAAGGAAGAUUUUUUAGUGUAUAAACUAGAAGCUCAGGAAGCUCUCAACAAGGAGAAGCAAGACUCCAUGAACAGAUAUGGAGCCCUCAGUUCCCAGCACAAGAUCCUGAAGAACCAGCAUGAAGAUGUCAAGAAGCAGCUGCUUGACCUGCAGCUGCAGCACAACAGCUUGAAACUGGAACAUCGUAAGACACUGGAGACCCACAGCCAGAAAUAUGCCCAGCUGCAGCAGGAGAAGGACAGUGAAGUCACCAACUUGCAGGACACAGUGUUUAAACUCAGAGAAGAGAGCAAGCUCCUUCGGAAGGCUCACCAGGAGGUCCACUCUCAGCUCCUCAGUGCCCAGACCCAGAUGGAAGAGUUCAGGCAGUUCAAGGAAGCUCUACAGAAGAUGCCAAGCUUCAAAGCAGGAGCUGGGAAGGGGCAGCAGCAGCCUCAGGUGCUGAAGGAGCAGCCCAUGGCACCACCCAACAGCCCAUCACAGCUGGCAAGGCCGAAGGCUCUUCCAGUCAAUCAAGAGAAUCACCCUGCUGGGAACCUCUUGGCCUCGCAGGUCUCUGGGCUUCAGAAGCAGGCAGAUGGCCCUCAGCUGCAGGGCCACCAGCCAUACAGCAACGAUGGCCCAAGGCCACAGCCCAAGGUGCUCUUUACCCAUCCAGCCCCACUGCAAGACACCAACUCCCUGCCAGGGGCUCUGCCAGCCUGGCCAGCAAGACACGGGGAUGGCCACCUCAUGAGAUUCACCCGCACCAUGAACAGUCUGCCAAAUGGAAACCCAGAUCUGAAGAUGGUGAUGCACAUUCAGGUGAGGAGCAAUGAGGAAAGCCAGGCUCCAGGAUUGUCACCAUCUGACCUGAAACAACCCUCUGAGGCAGAAAACCCUCAGAUGCCAGACAACCACCAUGCUACAGGGAGCAGAGAGGGGCAAGUGCAAAGCUGGAAAGACAUAGUUAACAAAGCGAAUACCCAGAUGGAUGAAGAACAAGUGCACAGUUACCCACAGAGCCUUCAUCUGGACCCCAGGCCUGGGCAGGAGCUGCAGCGUGGCAGCCCCCAGCCUGCUGGUCAGAGGAGAGGGGAAGAGCAUCUGAGAGCUCCUCAGGAGGGUGAGAAGGACAGGACAGAUGAUGAGGAGCUCGAAAUGGAUGCAGGAGUGAUUGAGAGAGAGGAGAACUUGGGUUCCCAGAAAGAACUUGUUGCCCAGGAGCCCAUGAUGCCAGAUGAUGCUGCAGAUCCUGCCCAGGAUCCCAAUAACCAAGGUGAGGAUGAAUUUGAGGAAGCUGAGCUGGAGAGACCUGACUUUGAAGAGAAGGUGGAAGGUCUGGAGAAGUUCAAGGAGCCCAGCAUGAAACAAGACUCUAAGGAGAAGCCACUGAAGGAUGCUGGCAGAGCUGCCAAGCCCAGGGAAGAGCCAAUGGAUGACUAUCAAGAAGAUCAGGAGCAAGAAAUUGUACGACACCAAGGAGGAUCAUGGAGGUGAAGUGGAUGACAAUGAUGACCUGGAACUUGUCCAAGACCAGCAGGACCAUGCAGGCAUACAGGGUGGCAAGAAGGAUGACUACUACUGAAAGGUGCUGAAGGAGAAUGGGAUACACUAGGAAUGAGGAGAUGGGAAACUCCUCCUGGGAACUGGGUCCUGGAUUCAACACUGCCCAGAACAGGCAAAGGCAGGAGGAGAUGUCUGAGCAGGGUGCUUGCAGGUGUGCAGGACACCUACAUUUUGGGGGCCAUUGCUGCCUCUCCAGCCCAUAGCAUAGAAGUGCUCUCAGACUGUAGGAAAGAUUUUAUCCUUCUGCUUCUCUUAGAAGCACUUUUUGAUUUACUGUCUUCUUCACCCUCUUGUUUUCCCUAUCCCCUCCCAAGCUGGAGAGAUUUUCUUGUUUGUUUAGUUGUUUUUUUUAAUGCCUUGGUCAGCAGGGGGGUGCCUGAACUGAUCCCUGCCCUUCCUCGACUGAUUGCUAAUACAAAGGAAUCUGUCUUCAUAAAGUAUUUUGCUUAGUAGUGUUUCUUUAAAACAUCUUUUGCUCCCAUUGGAGUAAGGUGGAGAGGAAGUUACCCUGCUUGUUGUCUGGAGCUAUGCCAGGGUGGUGGCUAACCAGGAGCACCAACAGAAAUCAUUGUGUGCCACCCAGUGUACGUGUGUGUGUGUGUAUCAAUUCCUGGAUCCUCAUCCACUGGCUCAGAGUAGAGUUCUCCUUUCCUUGGCUGUGAGCUGUGACUGUUCUGCUGGGCUCAGAGUCUCCCCUCAUGCUCUGCAUCUUGUCCUGGCAUUGCUGGUGCACCCUGGGUUCCUGGAGGCAUGGCUGGCCUGAGCAAGAUUGGUUCUUCUGGGCUUCAGGGACUGCCACAGAAAGGAUCACCCCAUGGUGCACCAAGCACUCCAUGGCACAGCUGGCAGUCCUUCUGCUGGGAUUUUGUACUUUAUUAUUUCUACUUUCAGUAUUUUGGUGGUGUGGAUGCCCCCUUAGCUUUCUUCUGAAUCAGAAAUCCAGGAGUGACCCAGCUCCUAUUGAAAUGAAGCUAUUUCAUUUGAGAGCUUCAGCAAAACCCCAAUUUGUGACUAGUUUUCAGUUCUUUCAAUCUGUAUCCCUCCCUAGAACAGACUACUUCAGGGGUAAAGCUCUCCAGGCCCCAGUGUGCACACAGAUCUCCAGAGAGGACAAAUGCUGUUCUGGGGGCUCUACACUCUUCAUUCUGCUCAGUAUUCAUGGGCACAAUAAGCCAAGAGGUGUAUCAGAGGCAGAACAGCAGCCAGAGGCUGUUCCAAGGGGUCCAGGGAGAGGUCUGAGAGCCAAGUGCCACAGCUGCUCCUGUAGCCCACUAAGGAGCUCCCUGCAAAGCUCUGAAGGUGUGUAAGAUACCCCAGGUUACUCACAGUGGUUAAUGCUGCUUGGCUCUCUGUAUCAGCACCCUUGCUGGGUGAUGCAAUGCUGCUCAGCCUCCACUGGCUGCUAUAAAUAGCAGUUUCAGAACAGAUCAGCUGGAGUUGCAGUCACCAGUUCAGAUGCAUCCUGGUCAAAAAACGUCUCCAGGUCUCAGCAGUUCUGGUGAGAUGUCACUGUCCCACAGUUCAGUGCAGGCUCAACAACCAACACAUCUGUGAGCUGCAAACCUGCAGGUCCAAGCUGCCCUGCUGAGAUAGGCAGCAGUUAUCUCUGCUGAAUUGCAUGCACGGAUGUUUCCCUCAGCCUGUGACUGGCCCAGCACUGAGGUUCAGACCUUACUGGAAGUAAAACAAGUGCUGGAAACAGAACCCCAGUGGGGGUGAGACUGUGCUGACUCAGAGGCUGCAGGAGCUAUCUAAAUUAGGAGGCAAAUUCUCUGCUUUUGCAUGGCUGGGGUGAGUAAUCCUCAAAGUUAUGACUUGGAGGGAACUGUAACAGCUCAGCCCUGAAUGUAAAGCUCCCUGCUAGGAGGAUGCUUUAGCAACCAUAUGCCACAUGGUGCCCUCAGCUGAGAGCUGAGCAUCUCUGCUCUGGGGAUCGUCUGCCCUGGCUCCGUGCAAGACUAAAAUUAGCAGAGUUGCAUAAACUGUUAGCUGCAGGGUGGUUAAUGCUCCCUUGUCUUGUCCCAGGGCAAGUUGCCCCCAUUUUAAUUCUAGUUCACCAUUUCCUCUAACAGGAGAUGAAACAAGAGACCAUAAAUCCAGUGGAGGAGAGCUGGAAAAGCAGAAAACCUGUAGUGCUGGGUCUGACUGGAGGUCUAUAAAGCCAUCUGGGGUGUCUCUGGGUUUGAUGUGCUGCUCAGGGUUCACUCCUUAAAGCAAAUACUGGUGUUUUGUCGGAGGGGUGAACUGCUGAAGUGAAAUACAAGAGAUGUCCAGGCUGAGAUUUGUUGCCAACUGAGGCAGGGAAGAAGAUCUUAGGGAACAGCUGGAUUACCCAGAGAACUGCACAAAGUUUAAGCAGACACAGCUUGCUCAGUUUGGCUCCAGCCACCCCCUGACCCCUGCACAUUUCUCAGGAAGGGCUGUCAGCUUUCUAUCCUGGCUGGAACCUCCACAGGUAAGUUUGCCUCAGCCCCCAAGAAGUGCCUUCAGCAGCACAGCCCCUCCUUUUGCUGUGUAAGCAUCACCAAGUGUUUUCUGAGGAGAGCAGCCAUUCCUACAGCCUUACCAUCCUCUUUCUGUGCUGGUCCUGGGUUGGUUUGUUGGGGUUUUUUCCAUGGGUUCCUUUUGGUAUCAAAAGAGAUUUCUAGCAACUUUCUGUAGGCCAGCAGACACCUGCUCAACACUAAACUUGGUCAAAAGCUAGAUGUGGAAAUAACGUGAGAUUUACUUGUUAAAUGACUGUAAAGAUUUUCUCUAGAAAGCAUAUACUUUAACAAGGCAAGUCUGUGAGACAGGGAAAGGUCUCCUGAUAUGAGACCAUUCAGUCACAUCCAUGUUCAGUGCAUCCAGAAGACAAAAUAUUUCAAGGAGUUCCAUGUUGCUGCAAAUUACACUUUGUAUAUAUUCAAGUAACACCUUCAGUGAAGACCAAGGUGUAUUAUUUGGGUUUGUAUUUUGUUUAGGCUGUGAAAUAAAAACAAGUUUCAGAAUCUUAUUUUUGUUAUUUUUAAACAUAUAAGACAAUAAACUCUU